GAUGGCGGAGUCAACGGUGGUCGAAACUAUUCAUCAAAUUCCGACAUCAACGUACAGAUUUUGUUAUAGAGGCGACAAAAAAAUUCUGCCGCCAAUUAAGUACUACCAGGUUAAGUCUAUCGUCCAUCGGUAUGCCAGACAACAACCACCGAGACAGUUUCCUAUAGAGCCAAUUACACCACAUAGAAUUAUUCAGGAGGAUCCAGGGCCAGCUCUGGGAUUAGGGACGAAGGGUUCAAAUACACAACAAUAUCUAGAACCGAAAACUAUAACACAAACUCCUACACCACAGGACAUAUCUAUAGUCAGACCAAAAAGCUCUGACAAAACAAAACAUAAUGGCAGAAAAAGUCGCGCUGAGAAGUUACAAUCAGCUGGUUCGAAGAAAGCAAGUCUUUUUCAAACAAAGUUUGGUCAUAUGGAUUCCAAUCUGGUUAAUUCAUUGGUUCACAAAUAUCAAUGGACGUCUGCCACCAAACAAGCUAAUGGUGAAGCGUGUCUACCAGUCAUGAAAGUUACACCGCCUACAUCUGUUAUAGAGAAGAAGGCAGAUAUGAUACGUCUCAGUGGACAACGAUACGAGUCUUCAGUCGAAGAUUGGCAAAAUGCUGUGUUGUGGGACAGGAUACAACUUAGAGGUUGUGUGUUUCAUGAAGAUCUCAAGGAGAAGUCAAUUGGUAUGCCAGAAAGAAUCUUAUUGAAAAGGAUAAAUGAAGGAAAACUUACAGAGAAAAGACCAAGAAUAAAUUCUCCUAAAAUUAGAAAGCUUGUAGAAGAUAACAAAAUUCACAAAAUCUACGUGCGUCAAUGUCCUGGAUAUGCUGGCUUUAUUCCUCGACAACCACCUAAAAUAGAAAUGGAACGGGAACCAGAGCGACCACAUAUGACCAGUGUCAUGAAGUCUUCGUACAGGGAAUUGCCAGAUAAAGAGUAUAGACCACAAAAUUUUGCGAGGAAAGGACCAAUGUCUAAGACUGUUACACUUACUUAUCCGUUCAAUCCAUUCAACAAAGUCACGUGUGAACCAGUGUUAAUGAAAUCAUACACGCCAUGAUUUUAUAGAAUGGCAGUGUUUAAAACAAAAUGAAGUAAUAAUACAGAAGAACAUUUCCAUUCAAUGACAAAGUUUCCCAGUGUAUAUCGUGUUACGUUGAACUUCAUUAAAUUUUUAUAUUGA